UUUGUGCCAAUGAGGUCCCCGACGUCCGAUAAAGCAAGGGCAGCUUGUUUGGCGGUAUCCUUGCUUGUCAGCCUCGCACCUUCAGAAGAGAGAACCUAUGUACAAACCUACAACAAUUUUAUAAGCAACACUUUUUUUUUAACGCCACAGGAUACAGGAUAGACAAAAAAACACAUUUCCCAGAAUUUGUCAAUUAAAUAAACUAUCUUAAUUAUUCCAACGCUUUAGCCCAACAAACUCAAUCUAGUAAAACCAUCUUCACCAUGCGAUACAUUGACUCCCUAUAAAUACUAAGUCACGUAUUCCAACAACAUGGCGCCAUCAGCGACCGACCUUCCAGCCCUUCCCGUGCGACAAGAGAAGACCUACCCGCCACCUCGAAUUUAUAAUGUAAAAGAAACGAAGUUCGAGAAGCCCACCCCGGCCCAACCAGAUGGUCGCGAGGAAGCUCUAGCGAAACCUUCGGGUAGCGUCGCCAUCGUCAUUGACAAUGGCUCAUCUGCUGUUAGAGCUGGAUGGUCAUUCGAGUCGAAGCCGAGAUUCAGUAUCCCACCCAUCAUGGCCAAGUACAGAGAUAGAAAGCUAGGCAAGACGUACUCCUUCGCUGGUUACGACUGUUACUCCGACACAACGGCCCGAGGACAUAUAAGAAACGCUUUCGAAGCUGGAACUGGCAUUAUCAGUAAUUGGGAUGUGGAAGAGCAUGUACUGGACUGGACCUUUCUAAAGCUGGGCAUGAACAACGCCGACGGAGCUAUUGACCUGCCCAUUGUCAUGACCGAGACGGUGGCGAACCUACCAUAUUCACGAAAAUCCAUGAACGAAAUCAUAUUUGAAUGCUACCAGGCCCCUUCACUCGCCCUGGGUAUCGAUUCUCUCUUUUCAUAUCGCUACAACAAGGGACGGACGGGCCUAGUUGUCUCUUCUUCUUAUAGCUCUACGCAUGUCAUCCCCGUCUUCGACUCGAAGGCCAUGCUAGCUCAAGCUAUCCGACUCAAUUGGGGUGGAUGGCACGCUGCCGAGUACUUACUAAAACUCAUUCGUCUUAAAUACCCCUCGUUCCCGGGAAAACUCAAUGCGUCGCAGGCUGAACAUAUGAUAAGGGAGCACUGCUACAUAUCCAAGUCAUAUGACGAAGAACUACGGUCAUACCUGGACUGGACUGGACUGGAAGACCGGGAUGUUGUGAUCCAGUAUCCGUUUACAGAAGAAGUAGUAGUCCAGAAGAGCGAGGAAGAGCUCGCCCGGAUAGCCGAGCGAAAGAAAGAGAGUGGGCGACGAUUACAAGAACAAGCAGCUAAGAUGCGCCUAGAGAAAUUAAUGCGAAAGGAGCAGGAGUUGGAAUAUUACAAGAAGCUGCAGGAGAAAAUCAACGAUGCAAAUAAGAAGGACACUAAACGUCUUCUUGAUGCAGAGGAUAUGAAGGAUGAGCAGCAUCUUGAACGCACUAUCAAAGAAUUGGAUAAGUCGAUCAAGCGCGCUCGAACGAAGGAUGUGGGUGGCGAUCCUGAAGAAGAGCAGGAAGCACCCGACUUCAGCCUUCUCGAAGUACCUGAUGACCAACUUGACGAAGCUGGCCUGAAGGCGAAGCGGCACCAACGGCUACUAAAAUCUAAUCACGAAGCACGAGCGCGUGCUAAAGCCGAGAAGGAGGCCGAAAAGGCACGCAUUGCGGAAGAAGAGCGGUUAGACAGAGAACGUCGUGAGAACGAUUUAGAGGGGUGGCUCGAGGAGAAACGAGUUGCUCGAAAUCUUACAUUACAGAAGAUGAAGGAGCGGGAUCGACUAAAAGCUGACCUUGGAAACCGAAAAUCCCUAGCUUCUCAAAUUCGGAUGAAGUCAAUUGCAAACUUGGCCUCGGAUAAUCCUCGAGGGAAGCGCCGGCGAGGUAACGACGACGAUAACUUCGGCGCGAACGACGAUGAUUGGGGUGUGUACAGGCAGAUUCAAGUUGGCGAAGGUGGUAGCGACGAUGAAGAGGGCGAAGAGGAUCUUGAAGGAACCCUCAAGGCGCUCGAAGAGGAUCUACUUCGCUACGAUGAGGGAUUUACGCACGAACACACAUGGGAAGCGCAGAAUGAUUGGAACAAAAGCCUUCUACACGCAUUCUUGCGCGGACCACGGCCCUUCAAUCCUUCUUCCCAGGCAGAAAUCCAUCAGGUACAUCUCAACGUCGAACGUAUACGAGUACCCGAGGUCAUUUUCCAGCCUUCUAUUGCAGGAGUCGACCAGGCAGGACUUGUUGAGAUCGCUGGCGAUAUACUUACACAGCGACUCGUAGGUAUACCGGGUCUAAACCGCGAUGACUUCCUGAAGGAUAUCUUCUUGACUGGAGGCAAUACUCUCUUUGAGGGCUUCGACGAGCGCCUUCGCCAGGGUUUGACCCCGUUGCUUCCUGUGGGCUCGCCGCUCAAGAUUCGUCGUGCAAGUGAUGCGAUACUUGAUGCUUGGAAAGGUGCUGCUCAGUGGGUUGGAACGCCCAGCUGGAAAUCAUCUUUAGUGACGAAAGCAGAAUAUCAAGAGAAGGGGCACGAUUACAUAAAGGUACGUCUUUUUCUUUUCUUUUUUCUUUUCUUCGGGUUUUCGGUUUUGUUACUUCCACUCGUUCGUUGUAUCAUGAUGACUUGGCUGUACGCCACAUGCUACGCUAUUAUGUAGCAAAAGCAAAUGAUCUACGCUAUGCCGUCAACCGCAGGUGGCUCGCAUAGUUGUCAGAAGUGCUUUGCUUGUUUUUACCUCAAUAACACAAAUUAGAAAUGCAGUCAGCAGAUGGCUCUCAGCUACGAGUGUGGAUCUUAAGUAGCUACCUAAGCCAACACUUUAUCCUAUCCCAUCCUAAUAGCGAUCAGUCUUACCCAAAAACGUGAGCACGACAUGGGCAACUCUUACUCAUGAGAGCUUAACCGUCGUUACACAAGUACGGCGUUCUUUACCGCAAUGGACCUAGACGCGCUCGACGUAACCCUCCUCCCCCCCUUUUCCCUUC